AAUAUUUUUAUAUUAGCAAACAAAUGUAACCAUACAUAGUCAUUCGUAGUGUUUAGCUACCUUCCUCACUAAAUCCUAUCAGAGAAGAAGAGGUAAAAUGGCUGCCGUUGAUGUUGAAAGGAGUCGGGUUGAGGCUAGCAUUCGCAACUUGAAACUGUCGGGCCAUGUUGGUUUCGAUAGUCUUCCAGAUCAGCUGGUAAAUAAGUCAGUGCAGAAUGGAUUUGUGUUUAACAUAUUAUGCAUCGGUGAAACAGGACUUGGGAAAUCUACUUUGAUGGACUCACUGUUUAAUACCAGUUUUGAAUCCACUCCAAGUCCUCAUAAUCUCCCCACUGUGAAGCUGAAAGCUCAUACAUAUGAAUUGCAAGAAAGUAAUGUCAGGCUGAAGUUGACUAUAUGUGACACUGUUGGCUAUGGUGACCAGAUAAAUAAAGAGGAUAGUUUCAAAGCUGUGGUAGAUUACAUUGAUGCACAGUUUGAAGCCUACCUUCAGGAGGAAUUAAAGAUUAAGCGGGCCAUUUCAUCUUAUCAUGAUAGUCGAACUCAUGUGUGCCUCUACUUCAUUUGCCCUACUGGACAUGGAUUGAAGUCUAUUGACCUUGUUUGUAUGAAGAAACUAGAUACAAAAGUUAACAUCAUCCCAAUUAUUGCAAAGGCUGACACUAUAUCCAAAACUGAACUGCAGAAAUUCAAGUCUAAAAUUAACUCUGAACUUGCCAAUAAUGGUGUGCAUAUUUAUCAAUUUCCAACUGAUGAUGAGACUGUGGCACAAGUUAACACAUCAAUGAAUGCACAUGUUCCAUUUGCUGUUGUCGGAAGCACAGACUUUGUGCGUGUCGGAAAUAAAAUGAUGCGAUCCCGACAGUAUCCUUGGGGAACAGUACAAGUUGAGAAUGAGUCACAUUGUGACUUUGUAAAACUACGUGAAAUGUUGAUCAGAACAAACAUGGAAGACAUGCGAGAAAAGACACACAUGCGGCAUUAUGAAUUAUACCGCAAGAAACGUUUGGAACAGAUGGGAUUCAGUGAUGUAGAUGCGGAAAACAAGCCAGUGAGUUUCCAGCAAACGUUUGAGGCAAAGCGAAGCAACCAUCUACAGGAACUUCAGCAGAAGGAGGAUGAAAUGAGGCAGAUGUUUGUGGUUCGUGUAAAGGAGAAGGAGGCAGAGUUGAAAGAAACAGAGAAAGAGCUUCAUGCAAAAUUUGAUAAACUCAAGAAGGAACACACUGAGGAGAAGAAGAAGCUGGAAGAAUCUCGCAAGAAGCUCGAAGACGAUAUCAUGGAAUUUAAUCGCAGGAAGCAGCAGCUGCUGCAGCAACACAUGAGCAGCAGUCAUCACACGCUGACUCUCGGAAAAAGCAAGAAGAAGUAGAUUGACGUCGCUUUAAGCGUUCUUGCGACUUCCCUUCAGAUCCUGUUUGUCGUAUUAUUUCAAUUUCACUUUAUGUAUAGAUAUUUGUACUAGUAACAGAAAUAUAAUGCAAUACGUAUUUGUAAGGAAAUACUGUUUCCAGACCAGACGUAGUUUGCCAUAUGACAGAAGGAAAGGAAAAUAAAUUUGAAAACAAAAAUCA